ACCAGAAAGUGCUGUGACUAAAAACGAAACACCAAAAAGUGCACUUACUGAACGUGUUAAACUAGAAUGUAUUUCAUCUGAUAUUGAUAUACCGGAUAGUGGAGUUAAUGAUGAUAACCAAACUGUGAGGCAGCAUACAGUAAACAGCAAGGUUGCUAUAGAUGACGCUGUACUGAUGUCAGCUUUGGAGGAUGAAUUAAAAGCCCGGGAGCGUUCUGAGACAGUUGAGUCAUAUGACUCCAUAGAGAUGUCAGCUCAUGACACUAGCCUCCCAGAAGACAUUGCCAUGGAGAUAGGGCUGUCACCUAGCAACUCUGACAAUGAAGAAAACACUAAUAAUGGUCGACCUAAUACACUGAACGUGACUAGUCCAAUGGGAGGCAAAAAGAAGCUGAUUCCCAUGGAGUUUCUACUGGAUGACGAAGGAUCAUACAGAAGUAUAAGCAAGAGCGAGGAUGACUUAUUAGCAGAUGAAGAGGAACGCCUCAAUGAAAGUGCUGAUUUUGAGAGUGUGGACACGAUUGAGACCCCAACACUGGAGGGCAUAGAUCAAGUCCAGACUCCAAGUAUAGGAAGCAACUCGGUCUUCUCAGCAGAGACACCAGUUCAGUCUCCGCCUACUCCUAUUGAUGAGCUGUCAGCGCGGGAAGAAUGGGAGGAGCAACAACAAUAUCGGCCUGUACAGAUAGGUCAGCGGCAGUAUCAAGUGGACAUGAAAAUCAUCGAAGCUUACAAGAAAGUGGUUUCUCAUGGAGGUUACUAUGGAGAUGGGUUCAAUGCCAUUAUAGUCCUCUGUAGUUGUUACCUACCAGACAAAAGUAUGACUAACUACCAGAACAUUAUGGAUAAUCUGUUCUUGUAUGUUGUCAGUACGCUUGAGCUAUUAGUCGUGGAUGACUACAUGAUUGUCUAUUUCCAUGGAUCCGCCCCCAAAAGCAAAAUCCCCUCGAUGAUGUGGCUCAAAAAAUGUUACGACAUUAUCGACCGAAGGUUAAAGAAGAACUUAAAGGGUCUGCUUCUUGUCCAUCCAACUAUGUGGCUAAAGGCAUCUGUCAUGAUGUCCAAACCAUUUAUCAGCUCAAAAUUUAACAAGAAGCUACAGUAUAUCAGGACCUUAGAUGAAUUAAGGGGAAAGAUUCCUAUGGAGUACAUCUAUGUGCCCGAUGAGAUUAAACUGUAUGAUGCUAAACGGACAAAUAAACAUAUCCAAAUACCAACCCGUAUCCAUCAGCGUUGAUCAACGAAUUGCUCCAGAGAAUUACAAAAAGUCAAAAAAGGAAAAGCAAAAAGCGGAGCAGAGUUCAGAGAAAAAGACCAGUGAACCUAUUGAUAUACACAAGGCACCAGUUGUUAAACAGAGCAUUCAACCAGUUGUCAAACAGAACACUAGUAGCCAGCCUGAUACAAAAGGUGAUCUAAACCAGAAUGUUCAUGAACGAGAGACAUAAAUGAAUGGGAUUUUCAUGAACAAGAGACAUACAUGAACGGGUGUUCAUGAACAAGAGACAAAGGUGAACAGUACAUGUCUCCUGUGGUUUCAUACAGUGUCAAAGAUAUCCCAACAGGGAUAAGCCCAGGAGCAGUGUACUUUUAAAUGAUGUCAUUACCUGAAAUAAUUGUGA